AUGGCCUUCUCCUCGUUCCCAUGGUCGUUCCGCCGCCGAGUCGGCGGCAGCAGCAGCGGCGGAACCGGCCAAAGCAAACCCUCCGCCGUGGAGGGGAAGGAGGAGGACGCGGAGGAGCUCGGCGUCACGCCGCAGCUCCUCGACUUCCUCUGGACACUCUCCCCCGACGCCUUCAAGUCCUUCCCCACCAGUGUCGCAGGAGGAUCCGCGGAGUCGGCGGCCGAGCUCUCGGACUGGCAGCAGCGGCAUGCCGUCCUCGUGCUCGCCAGAGCCAAGGAACUCGCUAAGGUCCGCUAUGAUCUGUGCCCAUGCCACAUGAAGGACAAGCAGUUCUGGACAUACAUCUUGCUUUAG